CGAUUCGAUCGGAAUUUGUAAUUGUAUGAGCGAUAUUCCCCUGUGUUUGAUAAGCUGAAUAUUAUAUUCUAUUUCUUUUCUUUUCCAGAAAUACUUUUUAACAUAAUGGUAUCAGUCAUUCUCUCAGAUAACCACAGCUUUGAUUCCAAGUUCAAGUACGGUGUUGAAUAUAAGGAAAACAAGCCAAGCGCCAACCUACAAGACAAUCAAUGCGCUGUUCAGUUAAAAGCUGCAGCUUUCAAUCAUCGUGAUGUCUGGAUUCUUAAGGGUCAAUACGGCGGCAUCCGUGUAGGCUCUGUCUUGGGCUCUGAUGGUGUUGGUUAUAUCACAAAGAAUGGCAAUGUCGGUCAACGCGUCUUGAUCAAUCCUGGUUAUGGAUGGAAAUCAGACGAAAGAGGACCCGAAGACGAAUUCCAUAUCUUGGGACUAUUGCCCACCAUUGGAACGAUGACUGAAGAAGAAGUCAUUGUUGAGAAAGAAGACAUUGCACCCUGUCCUGAACAUCUUUCAUUGGCUGAAGCUGCUGCCUUGCCUCUGGCUGGAUUAACCGCUUACAGAGCCCUGUUUACAAAGGCACACGUCAAAAAGGGAGAGCAUGUUUUGAUAACCGGUAUUGGUGGUGGAGUCGCCCUCUUUGCUCUUCAGUUUGCUGUUGCUGUUGGUGCCCAUGUCUACGUUACAUCUUCUUCACCAGAAAAAAUAAAAAAGGCUAUCGAAUUGGGCGCAAAGGGUGGUAUCAAUUACAGAGAUGAUAACUGUAUUCAAGAGCUUCAAAAGUUGUUGAACGGUAACAAACUUUCUGCCGUCAUCGAUGGUGCUGGUGGACCUCUUUAUGCACAAUAUCCCAAAGUCAUGAGAACAGGUGGUAUCUUGGUAAACUACGGUCAGACAGCAAAUAUUGCUGAAGGAAUCAAAUUUAGCAUGCACCAUGUUGUCAAGAAUAUUGAACUCAAAGGAUCCACCAUGGGAUCAAGAGCAGAAUUCCACAAGAUGGUACAGUUUGUGGAUCAACAUAGAAUCAAGCCAAUCGUGUCUCACGUAUGGAAGGGCUUAAGUAAGUCGUCAUUUGAAGAAGCUGUUGCUACUAUGAGCCGUGGUGAACAAUUCGGUAAAUUAGUUAUUGAAUUCAAUAAUGGUAGCCCAAAGCUUUAAAUAAUCAAUAAACAAUACAAAAGAUUAACCCGUAACUUUGUAUUGAUAUCGUAUGCAAUGGGACCUGUUGGCGACAAUGCAACAAUUCUAUAAAAAAAUGAGUAUACUUAAAUUCGGGA